AUGGCUCCAAGGUACCGUGGAAACAAGUCGACUAGCCUGGGACAUGGCCUCGAUAAAGAAAUAUACCAGGCAAUCCGCAAGCUCGAUGAGCAGCACCUAGAAGAAACAGGCGAAGCCCAGCCUUUAUAUGCGCAUCUUAUAUACGACAAGAUACGGCGAUCAAAUUCAAGCUUAAACCGCAGGCCGCGGAAGGUGCUAGAAGAUAGCAUAGAAAGGGUGCUGGACAUCUUCAAGCAGGACCGGGCAGCAGAAGACGAUGCAGAUGUUAUAGAGGGUGACUUUGAGGGCCUCGAGGAGCCUAAACCAGAGGUAGAAUCAAAUGGUCUAAAUAAGAGCAUCGUGAACAUGUGGGCUCCUCAGCCAAAACCUCCACCAUCGCCGCAGAAAGGCUCAGAAAAUACAACUCCAGAUGUACCAUCAUCGCGAGUGACAGCGAACAAACGUCGAGUUAUGGGAGCAGAGUCCGCCCCCAAACGACGAAAACCAGAGAGUUCAAUUGAUAAGUCGCCGCCAACCCAUGUGAGCUUGGCUGAUCUGGGAGGAGUGGACGAUGUCAUCCAGCAACUUGAAGAGUUGAUUGUUCUCCCAAUGACAAGACCACAGAUAUUUUCUGCAUCAAAUGUACAACCUCCUCGUGGAGUUCUGCUUCAUGGGCCGCCAGGUUGCGGUAAAACUAUGAUAGCCAAUGCAUUUGCCGCCGAGUUGGGUGUCCCCUUCAUUGCGAUAUCUGCGCCGUCCAUCAUUUCGGGAAUGUCAGGCGAAUCUGAAAAGGCGCUACGUGACCACUUUGAGGAAGCCAGGAGAGUGGCGCCUUGUCUGAUAUUUAUGGAUGAAAUCGAUGCUAUAACCCCUAAGCGUGAGAGCGCACAGCGAGAGAUGGAGAAACGAAUUGUUGCCCAGUUGCUCACCUGUAUGGACGACUUGGCUUUGGCGAAAACUGAUGGGAAACCUGUGAUUGUAUUGGCGGCUACUAAUCGCCCCGAUAGCCUUGAUCCUGCAUUGCGUCGUGGAGGCCGAUUUGAUAAGGAGAUUAACCUGACAGUUCCCAGUGAGCCUGUAAGGGAACAGAUCCUUCGGGCUUUGACAAGGGAAAUGAAUCUAGCGGAUGAUCUAGAUUUUAAAUUCCUUGCAAAGGGAACUGCUGGUUUCGUCGGCGCUGAUUUGAACGACUUGGUUUCAACGGCUGCAACAGCUGCUAUAAAAAGAUACCUAGACCUGUUAAAAUCAACUACAGGAGAAGAAAUGGAUAUAGAAGAAGAACCUCCAGCUGGAGUGAGCAAAAAGGUCAUGGAGCUGCGCCAGCUCAUCAAGCGCGCUCGUGAGACUCCUCAUGAAGCUGAUCCACAGAUCUACGUCUCCAACCAAGACUUCCUUACUGCUCUUCCCAAGAUCCAACCGUCGUCCAAACGAGAAGGAUUUGCGACAAUACCUGCCACUACCUGGGCUGACAUUGGCUCUCUUGGAUCCGUACGAGAGGAACUUGUUACAGCCAUUGUUGAACCGAUACGCAACCCGGAGAUUUACUCUCGAGUCGGAAUAUCCGCCCCCACCGGUGUCUUGCUCUGGGGCCCGCCAGGCUGUGGUAAGACUUUGCUUGCAAAGGCCGUGGCCAACGAAUCUCGGGCGAACUUCAUCAGUAUCAAGGGCCCCGAACUGCUCAACAAGUAUGUGGGAGAGUCUGAACGUGCUGUUCGGCAGGUGUUCUCUCGAGCCCGGUCCUCGGUCCCAUGUGUUAUCUUCUUCGAUGAGCUGGAUGCUUUGGUCCCGCGACGAGAUGAUACCAUGUCAGAAGCAUCGGCUCGCGUUGUUAAUACGCUACUUACAGAGCUUGAUGGGCUUGGGAGCUCGAGAAAUGGAAUAUAUGUGAUAGCGGCAACCAACAGGCCUGAUAUUAUUGACCCAGCCAUGCUACGUCCUGGUCGUCUUGAGACGUUAUUGUUUGUGAACUUGCCAGGACGAGACGAGCGAGCAGAAGUGCUACGGACACUCAUACGGAAAUUGCCCAUUGAAAUGACAGACGAGCUAGUGGAACUUGCUCGAUCGUGUGAAGGAUUUAGUGGAGCAGACCUGGGCUCUUUGCUCCGCCGAGCUGGCUAUUCUGCGAUCAAGAGGAGAGAUACGAUCAAACUCGAAGACUUUGUCGCUGCAAAGAAAGAGAUACGGCCUAGUGUAACUGAUAUGAAGAAAUACGAACGCCUGAAGAAGGACUGGGGAGGUGGAAGCGCCUUUUAG